AUGGAGACUCUGGAAGAAAGUGAACUCUGCUUUCCACAACUCAUCAACUCCUCCUGCAGGAAGCCAAAGCGUUCACUCAAUGAGACUGUGCUUCUUUACAGUCUUCUGUCCUUCAUCUCUCUGCUCACUGUGACUCUCAACCUGCUGGUCAUCAUCUCCAUCUCACACUUGAAGCAGCUCCACACCACAACCAACUUCCUCCUCCUCUCUCUGGCUGUCUCAGAUUUCUUCGCGGGCCUUUUCAUGUUCUUUGAGAUUUUCCUCACAGUCAGCUGCUGGUUCUUCGGUGACAUCAUGUGUGUCCUGCAUCUGUAUCUAUCAUAUAUUAUUACUGCUGCCUCAGUAGGAAACGUGGUGCUCAUAUCAGUUGAUCGUUAUGUAGCCAUUUGUGAUCCUCUGCAUUACUCCAUCAAGGUCACUGUGACAAGAGUUAAAAUCUGUAUUUGCCUUUGUUGGAUUAGUUCUGUUCUACACAAUAGUCUGAUAAUGAUGGAUAACUUAAAACAACCAGGCAGGUAUAAUUCCUGCUCAGGAGAGUGUGUGGUUGUCAUUAACAACAUUGCAGGAGUUGCUGACCUCAUUUUAACUUUUAUUGGUCCUGUCACUGUCAUCAUAGUUUUGUAUAUGAGAGUAUUUGUGGUGGCUGUGUCUCAGGCUCGUGCCAUGCAGUCUCAUAUUGCAGCAGUCACACUACAGCGUUCAGUGAAAGUAAAUGCAAAGAAAUCUGAGAUGAAAGCAGCCAAGACUCUUGGUGUGGUUGUAGUUGUGUUUCUGACAUGCCUUUGCCCAUAUUUCUCUUCUUCUCUUGCAGACCAGGACAGCUUGUUUGGCGUGACCUCUGUGCCCAUACAAAUAUGGCUGUUCUAUUUAAAUUCUAGUCUCAACCCGAUGAUCUAUGCUUUUUGCUACCCUUGGUUUUUAAAAUCUAUUAAGCUCAUUGUAACAUUUAGAAUAUGUCAGCCUGACUCAUGUGAUGCCAACAUAUUAUAG